ACCGAUUACAUCAUCCAUCAAUCAAUUUUUGUGAGCGCGCUUCUGUGCACAUCACCGCCCAUGUCGACCACCGGGGGACCCGCACACUAUACGGACCAGCUGAAGGAGCUGGCACGUUGUCUGAAAUCUCUACCCGCCAAGAUCCCAAUCAGCACGACUCACGAUUUUCGUGACUUUCAAUUGGAUCAGGAGGAGGUGGCAGAAUACGGAGAUAACAAAUGUGUCGUCAAUCAUGCACUCGAAGUUUCGUUUGGCUCGCGAGCGCAGGGAACUGUAGAGUUCAAGUCCAGGGGACCGGGACUAGAGGCAGUGAUUGACGUCCUUCGAGAGUACAUCACCGGCUCGCACGGAUCGAACAUCUUGCUCUGUAAAUGGGUGGAUGAUCUGAUUGUCGGAGCCAAGAAGGCAAUCAUGGAUACCGGUGGACGUGUGAGCUACUUAACGUUCAUGGAACGGCAGCUGUCUGAUACAGAACAGAUCCCACGACCGGUGACAACCACAGCUGGCAAGCGAACACUUGAGGAGGAGCAAAAUAGAGAGAAGGCUGUGAAGAGAGCACGGAAGGACGAGUUUGCGGCAAAAGAGCAUGGUGAAGCAGUGCUGGAGCAGCAGCGCAAGAAGACAGAGCAGGGAAAGCUUCCAUGGAAGUUUGAUGAUUUGGAGGACAUUGUGAUCAGCAGCAACACCAUCCCUUCCGGCAAACGCAGCCGAGGCCCACCAACAAACACUCUGCUUGAUCGGCUCUCAAUUGCGUGUCGUUCCAUCAGUAAACCGGACAAGGAGCGCUUCCGAUGUGCAGCCGAAGGCUGUCAAUGGAGUUGGGCUUCCCCUCGUGCAUCAGGUCGUGUUCUGUCACAUGCAACGGAGUGUAACUUUCUCUCUGAGAACCUCAGAGAGGAAGCACUGCUUGCAAGCGCUGAUGAUUUGUUAGGCGCAAGAGUUGAAGCGGCAGACAAGGCUAGCGAGCCCAGCACCUCAAAGGAGUCUUCUGCCUUCAAGGGGUUUGUAAAAGCAGGGAAAGACGAGCGUGAGACAAAAACCAAUCUACUAGCUCUCGAGCUUGUCUGUAGCGCUAGUUUGCCUCUGCAUCUCCUUGACAGCCACCACUUCCGAGUAUUUGUCAAUCAUCUUGAUCCGAAGAAUCACAUUUACGCAUCAACGACGUUCUCAUCGGACAAGAUUCCUAAGGAAGCAUCCCGGAUCACAGCUGCAGCGUACAAGAUGCUCAAGGAGGAAUAUAAUCUCACGAUCAGUUAUGAUGGCGCCACAAUUAAGCGCGGUCAGUCCAUCUAUACGUUCCACGUUACAACAGCAAGAGACCGUGAAUCCUAUUUUGUUCACGGAGAUGUGGCUUCUGGGACAUCACAUACGGCUGAGCAUAUCAAGAAGGCCGCGCUGAAGGUGAUUGAUUGCAUUGGCCUCGACAAUUUCUCCGGUGUCAGCUCAGACAGUACGGGCAACACACGGCUGUCUCGAGAGCUGCUAGUCAAGGAGAUCCCUACGCUCCUGAUUGUCCCUGAUCCGUGUCACCACGCUUCAAACCUCAUCAAGAAUAUAUGUGCACUCGAUUAUUUUGUCGAGCCUAUCUUCAAGAUACGCGACAUUGUAUCGCAUUUCUCUCAGUCAACCAUGUCCUCUACGCAUCUGGAUGGAAUGCGCGUCAUUUUGGACAUCAAUCAUGGCCUCGAGAAGAUUGGCAAGACUCGCUUUGGUACAAUCUACUGGGCGGGCUCUGCGCUGAUGCCGGUGAUGCCUGCCAUUUCCGCGCUGGCCAACAGUGGCGUAGUUGCUGUAAACAAAAAAAACAAGAGUGGUCGAGAUCUGUCUUGGAUCAGGAACCUUCGCGAAUACAGCGAUUUUGAGAUAAAACUUAGACAGCUCGUUGCUGUUCUGGAGCCGAUUGCGCGAGCCAUAAAGUGCCUCGAGGGGUCGCAGGUGACAGUUGGAGAUGUCUGGAUGUUUUUUGUGGCUAUCACAGCUGUUCUUGAUCAGCUUUUUGCCGAGGAUACUCUCAGCAUACCUGAGGACACGCAGGAGGAUGUCCGAGGGUUAGUCAACAAGCGCUUCGAAGAGUUCUUUGGUGCGCCCGGAGCUACAUUGUAUCUUGCAGGCUUCUUUCUCGACGCAGAUCGAGUCACUAGUCCGAUUCUCUGCCAGCGCAUUGUCAACCAGCUCGACAAGGACUCGGGAUCGUCAAUCCUCACAACUGCCACAGGGUCUGCAGACGCGACCGAUAAGGAUUUACGCGACUCGAUGCCAUCCUAUACGCUGGUCGGACAGUACCUCUACAGUCUCGUCAUGGCUGACAUCAAGGCCAAGCGCAAUCCGCCGCAAUAUGCAGUGUUUGAAACGAUGUCAGAGCUUCUCAGCGCUCUACGCAGUCAGGUCGAAGCUUAUACACAUCAAAAUCCACCAUUCUCUGCUCGGUCUUCAGCUUGGAGGUGCCCAUACCACUAUUGGAUUGCGAUGGGAGAUCGGGCUGAUGCAGCUCUUCUUGCGUAUUUGGCCAUUCGGAUUCUGGCUAUUCUCCCGAAUUCAAUGGCCGAGGAGCGAACAGUGUCCAGCUUCACAAGAUUGAACUCAAACGACCGCGCUAAUCAGAGCGCUCAAACAGUGAUUGCCAUGACCAAGAUCCAGCAGCAUCUCCGUCGUCAGCAGCGUCAGAAUUCGAAUGCACCAGCUAAAAUCUCCCCAGUCCUACGGUGGCGCGCGGUCAAGAAUCUCAUACCAACACAAGUGAAGACUCCGGCUGUGAUGACAGACGUGAACAGAGAGUCUAAGGACGAGGGCGACAAUGGACCAUUAGCCGUGGACUGCGCAGCGGGGCUGGAACGACUCGAGGAAACGGUACAGACUGCUCAAGCUGACCUGGGUAUCACUCCCUCGGCGGUCUUUGCAGCGGCGCAGCUGGGAGUGAAUACUCAACAUGCUUUCUUCCGAGAUUUACUCAGUGAUACAGCUGUACCCGGUGCGGAGGAGGUCCAGAGUCUCAGUGACCACGUUAAGGGCACCGGUUUGAGUUCAAAAUCAAUUCAGAAAGCUCGGAACUCCCUUAAUUUAGACGAGUCUACUCUAGAUACGAUAUUCUAG